GUUUUUUCAUGAUCAACUAGUAAGAACGUGACAUGGGAAAUAUGGCCUGGUGGUUGUUGAAUUGAUGUCAUUUACUGCACCCCUUUGAUUGACUUCUUGAUAACAGAAUGAAAGCUCACAACAGCUUCAUCACUAUUUCAGUCCACAUCAAUUAAAUAGUGUCCAUAUCUAGAUCUCUCGGUAUCCACUUUCACACUUGCAACUUAUAAUAAUAAACAGAAAAAGAUCCCAACUUGAGAAGCGCUCAAGCUUUGUUUUUAACAGCAAAAAAAGCAACAUGCAAUUGAUCAAAGUGAUGGACAAACAAGAGAUGCAUGAUGAAUUAGUUCCUCCCAGCCCUGUUCUUCCCAGAUUAGACCGCCUUGAUCGACUUCUGCAGCUUCUUGAAGAGAAGCAUAAUUUGUCAAGGAGAAAUCCUGAUGAGCAGAAAGAAAUCAAACCAGAAAAUGAUCACUGCAAGACCCUUUCAUCUGCUCUGGAGGAAGUUCAACACAAAGGGACACUCAUGGAACGACUAACCAUGCUUGAGAACAGAGUCUUACAGCUGAGCUUGGAGAUGGAUGAAGAAAACACUCCCAAGUCGAGUUCUUCCACAGUUCCAAAUACUGAAAAGUUAGACCAAAACUUGAAAUCUCCAUCCGGGUCAGGCAGGAGAGAUGAGAUGAAGAUACAUGAUCAGAAGAAUGAAGUCAUGACUAUGCCGGGUAGAGAUAGUCCAGUUGAAGUACUUGACCAGGACUCAAAUAUAUCAUCUGCUGCCCAGGAAAUUGUGGACAAGAAUGGUAGAAGACGGAGUAAGAAAGGCUACAAAAAGUGGAUUGGAUGGUUUCAUUUGGGUUGUAACUGAAAUCAAAUGUUUCAAAACAUUCAUAGUUCAUAUUCACACAGGAUUGCCUAGACUCUUGGUUCAUCUUCACUUGAAUAUAAAAAUGUUCAAAGGGUUGAUCCAUGAAUGAAUAAAAUUGACGAAUCAAUCAUCAAAAAAAAACCCAACAUUGCUCUGAUUCUGAUGAUUUUCCCUUUCGACAAAACUCGCAGCUAAAAAAAUAACUUUUUACGUAGUCUGGGGAUUUACCCUUGAUGAAUGAAUGAAG